AUGGCCUUCGUCAAUACAGAUGAGCGGAAUGUCUACAAUCUCAAGCUUUAUCCCGUCGUAACCGCUGAAGCUCUGUUUAAUCUGCCCAAGAACCGCAAAAUCAAAUUCGAAUGCGCCGAAGGGGAAGAUCUUCCCCUGCCAGAUCCCGCGUAUCUGGACUGCCACUACCGUGUGGCUGAGAUCCUCCAUGCUUCAGGUCUGGCGGAGUACAUCGAGCGCAAAAUCCAAGACUGGGAAGACCUGAAACAGUCUGGUGGAGCAGAUGGCUCCUUCCGUCCAGACGGUUCGACCGAUGUCACCCGCAUUCUGAAUACCGCUCUGUGGACCGCAUUUGCGGGAUGA